CCGAUGCACCCCCGUCCCAAAGCAGCGGCCGGCCGUCCCCUCAGGUGGUCGCACUUCAUCCCGGCUUAAAGCCGCCGAGAGCAUCACUUCAUCGUGCGACCGUCAACAGCUUCGUUUGUACAAUCUCAACCAAGGUGUCGUUAUGUCAAAUUCCAUUGGAGGGUUAGCUGAAAUCGCUGUUUAUGGGUCCCGGCUCGGAAUGCCGGAGGACUCCCUAACCUUCUCGGAGCGAAGCCGGGACUCCGGAGAAGCGUGGGACCUGGCGGAGGCCAAGGCGAGCGGCGCGCCGGGCCUCUACCUGCCCUGCUUCGACAUGCUGGCCACAGAGGACGCCGCUUGGCUGGUCAAGAUGCCCGAGGCCGCCCCGAACGCGGCUCGCUCGGAGGCGCGCCGGGAGGAGCCGGAGCAGUGUCCCGUCAUCGACAGCCAGGAGCGGGGACCCUCUCCGGGGAUGCGAGGCCCCGAGGAGGAAUGCUCUCUGGAGCAAGUGCAGAGCAUGGUGGUGGGCGAGGUGCUCAAGGACAUCGAGACGGCCUGCGAGCUGCUCAACAUCACGCCAGACCCGAUGGAGUGGAACGCGGGCAACGUUCAGAAGUGGCUGCUGUGGACGGAGCACCUGUACCGGCUUCCGCACGCCGGGAGGACCUUCCGAGAGCUGACGGGCAAGGACCUGUGCGCCAUGAGCGAGGAGGACUUCCGCCAGCGCUCGCCGCAGUGCGGGGACACGCUGCACGCACACCUGGACAUAUGGAAGUCCACUGCCUGGAUGAAAGAAAGGUGCGCAGCCGGAGACAACAAAAGUCCAGGCGCUGAGGAGCUUUGGUCCGAAGCCGAUUCUUCUUGUUCGGGUCAACCCAUCCACUUGUGGCAAUUCCUCCGAGAACUUCUGCUCAAACCGCACAACUACGGACGCUGCAUACGCUGGCUCAACAAAGACAAAGGUAUCUUUAAGAUCGAGGAUUCGGCCCACGUGGCGCGGCUGUGGGGCCUGAGGAAGAACCGGCCGGCCAUGAACUACGACAAGCUGAGCCGCUCCAUCCGUCAGUACUACAAGAAGGGCAUCAUCCGCAAGCCGGACGUCUCGCAGAGGCUCGUGUACCAGUUUGUGCACCCCGUGUGACCCCGAAACCAGGAAACGCCCUGCGACCGCUCACGCUCUUCCGCUGAAGCGAGACAACGGGGACCAAACACUGUGGACUGUCGAAUACAACAACCACACAAUCAAUAUUGUUGUCCUAAGCGCAAACUGCCUGUUCAUUUGUUGAAUUGAUAUUUGAAGUGAUGUCGAGUCUGGCAACGGUUGGCGCCUCUGCCUCACGGUUCCCAGGUUCUCGGCUGAGGCGUUGCCUCCCGCACCCCAAAAAAAUCCAAAUUGUCCACUGGCGUGAAUGUGACUGUGAAUGGGUGUUUGUCUACACGUGGCCCGUGAUUGGCUAGCGAGCGGUUCAGGGUGUAAGCCUGCCUCUCUCGCCCCAAGUCAGCUGGGGUAGGCUCCAGCUGACCUGCGACAAAUGUGAUAGGAAAUUGAUGACGGGUGAACACACAGUGUCGACAUUUGCCGACCGUGACGAAACAAACUCAACUUCACCGCAGGACUGGAAGCCGUGAUGCAAGUGUCAAAUAAGCCAAGCACAGACAACCAACAAAGGAGAGGCGCGUACCAAUACCAACGGGGCUCGACCCGCCAAAUGCACGUGAACUUCGGCAGGUUGUACUUUGAUCGGGAAAAUUGGAUGUCUGCGUCCCACUCCCUCCACCCGCCCUCCGUUGACGAAUGCACUUCAAUCGGGAUCAACUUUGUUCGGCACGCAACCGCCCCCCCCCCCCCCCCCCACGUUGACGAAUGUUUUAAUUAGCUAAUGCAAAUCCAUUCUGAAAAAGCGUACAUACGUUACGGAAUGGUGGUGUGUUAAAAUGCCGACCAAUGGGAAACCAGUCGCCACAGGAUAGCAGGCACUGGGUACUCGUGAAGGCUUCUGAUACCAGUAACCGAUAUUGAGUAAGUCCUCCUCACCAGUAGUUGGAGCUACAGUGCGGCGCUUUGCCACAUCGGCGAAUCAUCGCGUGCACCAGAAAGAAACAAAGCUCUUUGCUUCACAAUAAUCUGCCAUCGUGUUCAUUGAAAUUUGACGUAUCGAAAGUACCGGAGGUGUCGGCAAGCGGCAUCGGUGAUUCCUCAAGACUGAAUACUCGUAGUGAAGAAAAGCAAUGUCGCUGAGCAGGUUGUGGGCGCUUUACACUGGAGUCAAAGUACUUAAAGUAAAUUCUUCUUCUCAUAAUCAUCAUCAUCAUCAAAUCUUCGCAUUCUUACAAUCUUACAACGAAGCACAACAUGGGGAAAAUGUCCGUAAAAGAGAAACAUUUGAUAUGAGAGUGUAGAAAUUGUGCAAAUAUGUGCACAAACACUCACCAGCAAUGUAAUUUCUAGUGUCAUAACUAAUAAAGUUACUGCGGGUGAUUAUUAUGA